AUGUUUGCCCACCUGUCUGCAGGAAGGUCUUGAGUCAUUGCAUUGCCUUGGCACUGCAUCUGGACUGAAGUGAUGACCUGUAUGAGUUCCAUAUUGUAAUGGCACAGGUCCAGGCAGUAGCCCAUUGCCAAAUUCAAGGCAUUGGUUGCAGUCAACCGAAGCAGCAUUUCAACAUACUGACAAAUUCCUCAGUGCCAACCCAUUUCUCUGGUUAUAUCCAGCCUUCAAGAAGGUUCAAAGGCACUGAAGUAUUCACGAGUACUUUUCUUCCCCAUUAACAACCCCCUUUUCAUGUAUAUAUACUUCUAGGCUAGCCUAGUAGAUCAUUGAUACAGUUGGGCUAUGCAGUGACAUCCAUUGUGUCAGUCUCUGCUAAGGAGUCACUGACAUUCUUCUGAUGCAUUUGUCAUUGAUGCUGCUGGUUUUCAAACUGACUGCUGCCUAAUGGCCUAGCCAUCAUGUCACCUUCACAUGGCUGCCAUCUCCAUGACACUGUCAGCUGGAGGUCCUCCGUCCACCACAGGUCCAAAGUAUGGAUGGAGAUCAUCCCAGUUCCAUGCCACUGGGGUCCUAUGAUGCCAGAUGCAUCACCCCAGAGAUCGGUCCAGGGUUUGUCAUCUGGAUGUUAAUGCUGUCUCCACUAGGCUAGCCACUGGCCUACCUCACUCAGGACACCCAAGGCAUGACCCUGUCAUGCCAUCUUGACUUGGUAACAGCCAGCUGCUCAGCAUGCACUGAUAACCAAAGUUGCUGGCUACCGGACUUACUCUUUGAGAAGCGCUUACAGGGGUGCAUCCACACUAGUGUUCCUGAGUGCAAAGUUAAAUGCUUGUUGUCUGCUUACUGCAUGCGUGGUAGUUAACAAUAAAGAACUUUUGACACCUGGCCCCUCCACCCACCUCCAGCAGAGAACUACUUGCCCAUUCCAUUCUCUGUAUUAACUGUACGAUAUCAAACGGGAGUAGGCAAUCAGAAUUGAACAAAUCAGCUGUGGUUUAUUGCAGUAUUUUAUUUUGCCUCUUCUGUUGUUCAUAUGUAUCUUCUGUUGUUCUUAUGUAAAUAAAUGACCUGCCACUUGGCUUAUCAUAAGAUAGCUGUUUCGUUCUUGAAGAUGACACAAGUGUAGGAGUAAAUAGUAGUGCCAGUCCUUUUGCUGAAAAGGCAGCAAAGUAUUUGGAAAAAAAAAAAUCUGCAAAUGGUUCAAGUCAAUUAUUGAUAUACAUACUCUGCUAACCACUGAAGAUUAUGUCAAUAGAAAGCAUCCAUCAUAUCAAAUACUAGGGCUUCUUCAUAUUCCAGUUUUAUUUGGAGUGUGUGGGGAAAGAUAGUUGAAAUGCAUUUGUGUGCUCUGUAAAUUAAUCUAAUUUUGUCUGCAAAGUCACAGUGGGAGCAAACGAUUCGUACCAGGAGGAAUACAAGGGGGUGGGGGCUCUACUAUAUUCCUUGAUUCUUCUGUUAUUUAUUUUCAGAAUUGUGUGGAUAGUAUUGAACUUCUUCAUUCACACUGUGAAAACCACUGUGAAGAGCAUGACAGUGGAUACUUCCUAUUAUCCCAGCAAGUUAUUAAGGCUUCUUCCUGUUCCAUUUGUGAUGGAGCACAGGAAGAAUGACUGUUGAAAUGCCUCUGAAAUUAAUGCUGUUAUUAAUCCUAAUCUUGCCAUCACAAUCUCUACUGCAGCAAUACAUAGAUCAUUGAAAGCCAGUUCUUGAAACUUUAACAAGUGAAAAAAUUCAGCUUAGACACAGACAGCAACUUCCAGAACCAGUUGAUGAAAUGACAGCUGAUGUUAUGCAUUAUGCCUCGGAUUCAAAGGAUCCUUUCAAUCUCUCUCAUAUGGCAUUGUCAAUGCCAGUAAAUAUUCAUUAUGGAAGUACAGCUGGUGCUAAACAAGAAGACAGUGAUAACUCUGCUUCGUCAGAUGAUCCUUUUAGGGACUCUUUCAGCAAAUUGCAAGAUUUGGAGUAUUUUGAUACUGAUUCAUCUAGCUGGGAUCAAAGUGCAGCUAGCUUCAUGUCUUGGUCUGAUCAGGAAUUUGAAUCAGCUACAACAGAAAGAAUUCAGAAACUCAUGGAUGAUAUUGAAUGCAUCUUAUACGAUGAACCUUUGGAAACACCACCUAGCAAGGAAAUUAUUGAUGAAUGCCGAAUGUGGAAGGAGGCAUUUCCACAUAUGAGAGUUAGGGGACAUGGAAUCAAGAUGAUUGCAGUGCCUCAAGAAGAGGAAUCUCAUGAAAGCAUUAUUCAAGAAGAGGUUUUUGCUGUUGAUGGAGUUGUAAAUAAUGCCAAAGAGAGCAGUUCUUUAAAAAGAAGGGAGUCAUCGACUGAUAACUCUGCUGCCCAUUGUAAGGAAGUUCCUGUAACAGAAGAAUCUAAAUCUUGCCAGCUUGAGAAUAUGGUGGAAAACUAUGUGUUACAACAACUUGCUUCAUAUAUACAGUCAGAAGUUAUUAAAAAACUUACGUGUGAUGUACAGAGUAGUGAAUGUAGUUCAGGUAAAAAGUGUGACAAAUUACCAGAUGUAUGUUUCCAAAAUUCCGUUUCUCCACAAACUGUGGUAUCUGUGCUAAGUGAUUCAGAAUCUGAUGACACAAAUUCAGCUCGGACAGUUUUGUCUAAAUCAUCACGUACUAGGGAGGUGCUAAUUAGCAGUUCAUCAAAAUCAGAACUUCGUGUGCAGAAUAAUAAUGCAUUUUCCACACCUCGUUUGUUUGAUGUUGGGAAUUACACUGCAGAAUAUCCAUCAUUCUCUGUUAUUGGUUCAGCACCAGUGAGCUUGCCACCACCUAGGACUGCUAGUUCAUCAGUACAUGAGGCACGAUCAUUUCAUAGUGCCGCAGAAAGAAACAAAAGACAGUAUGCUGACAGACGAUUCAGUUGUGGAUUUACAGCUCGAGGGAGAUCUUCACACCAAGUCCAAGAAGCAGAUGAAAAGAAUCAAAAAUAUAAGGCAUUGCUUUACAACAGCAAUAAUUCAAAGCAAUUCUUACCACCAAAUCCACAGGAUAAAUUAAAUAAACGUUUAGUAUUACCUCCAAUUGACAAAGUGGAAACUCAGAAGGCCGACAUGCUGGCACUUGAUGUUACGCCGGAACAUUCCUCCCCCAAAGUGAUGGACAGUCAUCGUGUAGGAAGCGCAACAAUGGCAGGUGAGGCCGGAGGGUGGAUGCUGCACUGGGUUGGAAGCUGUGGCUACAGGGGACGUCAAGCUUCCGGAUGUACCCCACCAUCCAGCCUACGCUCUGGUGGAAAUGUCCCCUGCCAAAUGACCAGUAGCGUACACGCCCACCCCUGGAGGCCAAUAACAAGAUGUGUAAGACAUCGGCUGCUGUGGUGUGAGUGGGUCCAGCUGCAUUGGUAGGACGAGAGGAGGUGAAGGCUCCAUCUGAAUGAGGUCAUCCUGUGGUAUCAUGACACCUUCUGGCAGCUGCUGUGGUGGUGCUGUCCUCUUGAUCCAUGAAUCUGGGGAAAGAGACACAGAGGGAUCACCUGGCACAUGGAAGUGACGAAGUUGAUUGUGAUGUCGGCACUGCAAGUCUUCUGGGCUGAAAUAAGAUACAUGCCAACGCCAAGUUGAUGGAGGAUCUCACCUCAUGCCCACCAUUUGCUGCCGCUCAAAACCCAGUAAAAGACAAUAUCAUGCGACGCGAAGUGAUACUUGCAGCUUUCCUGUGGCUCCGGCUGCUGAGGAAGGUGGAGCAUGUGGAGCAGUGUCCGAUGGUGGUGGCCGUGAAGCAAUUCCACUGGUGAUGGUCCAUCUCGUGUCUGUGGAGUGAAGUUUGGCCAUCUGUUGCCUGAAGUUUCUGACAAAAUGUUCCGUUUGACUGUGGAUGAAGCGGUGCACUUAGAUUCUGUAUGCCAUCGUGUUCACAGAAUGCAAAAAGUAGAAGACAACACCUCAAUUGUGCUAUGUGGCAUUGUCAAGUUCAUUGGCACAGCAAAAGGGAACUUGCUAUAUGAGUCAACCACAAUCAACCAAAGAGUGUUCCAAAAAGGUCUUCUCACAAAGUCGUAUGUGCACACAUUGCCAUGGUGGCUGCAACUUAGGCCAAGCAGAGAAUUUUUGUGAUGAAGCGGACUGGUUUUCUGCACAUGCGUGACACUGUGAUGUCAUCCGUUCUAUUUGGGUGUACAUACCCUGC